CCCGGUCCACACGCACAUUUAACCCUCCGCGGCUGGCAGUGUGUGUCUCUGUCAGAAAGGCAGCAGGAGCAGAAGUUAGCCCUGCGUGUCUGUUGAGAGCACCAGAGUCAUGGACGGUUCCGGUAAAGCAGCAGUGAAGUGUGAAGGAGUGAAGGAGGGUUUGAAAGCAGGUGAAGCGGUGUCCUCUGCUCAGAGCUCCGGUGCUUGCUGCGGUUUGAAGAACAUUUGUGGCUUCAUCCCGCCGGAAUACCGGCACGAGCUGCUACAAGUGUUCAAACUAGCCGGACCAGUGAUCAUUUCCCAGUUGAUGUUCUUCAUGAUCAGUUUUGUCAGCACCGUGUUCUGUGGUCACUUGGGAAAAACUGAACUAGCAGCGGUAGCUUUAUCAAUUGCGGUUGUUAAUGUCACCGGUAUUUCCAUUGGUGCUGGUUUGGCAUUAACUUGUGAUACCUUCAUAUCUCAGACGUAUGGGAGCGGAAACCUGAAGCGUGUGGGAGUGAUUCUCCAGAGGGGGGUUCUGAUUCUGCUGCUGGCCUGUUUCCCCUGCUGGGCUGUUCUCAUCAACACUGAAGUUCUCUUACUUGCUGUCAGGCAGAGUCCAGAGGUUGCCAGUCUUUCCCAGCUGUAUGUGAAGAUCUUCAUGCCUGCUCUGCCGGCUGCUUUCAUGUACCAGUUACAAGGGAGGUACCUUCAAAAUCAGGGAAUUAUAUGGCCACAGGUUAUAACAGGAGCGACUGCAAAUAUCCUCAACGCAAUCAUCAACUACAUUUUCCUCUACCGUCUGGACUUGGGCAUUGCUGGAUCUGCUGCAGCUAAUGCUAUCUCACAGUAUUUGCUGGCUGUAGUCUUAUUCGUCUACAUCUAUUGGAGAGGUCUGCAUAAGGCCACAUGGGGAGGUUGGUCACUGGACUGCCUGCAGGAGUGGGGAACCUUCGUCCAGCUGGCCAUCCCCAGUAUGCUCAUGCUUUGUCUGGAGUGGUGGAUGUUUGAGGUGGGAGGAUUCCUGGCUGGAGUGAUCAGUGAGGCUGAGCUGGGAGCUCAGUCCAUAGCUUAUGAGCUGGCAGUUGUAGCUUACAUGUUCCCAUUAGGAUUCUCUGCUGCUGCCAGUGUACGGGUUGGGAAUGCUCUCGGUGCAGGAAACAUAGAGCAGGCCAAGCUAUCUUGCAAAGUCUCCGUCAUUUGUGCAUUUGUAGUUGCUUGUUUUGUUGCUGCCAUUCUUGGUGUUGCCAGGAAUGUGACAGGAUACAUCUUCACAUCAGAGCAAGACAUUAUACAGAGAGUUGCUGACGUCAUAAUCGUAAUGUGCAUCACGCACAUUGGGGAUGCUGUUGCGGCUGUGACUGGAGGUGUUCUCAGAGGAGUAGGGAAGCAGAUGAUUGGUGCUCUUUGUAACCUUGUGGGAUACUACUUCAUUGGUUUCCCUAUUGGCGUGUCCCUAAUGUUUGCAGCAAAUAUGGGCAUUGUAGGACUAUGGACAGGACUUACUAUUUGUGUGGUCAUGCAGUCGGUUUUCUUUAUCACAUUUUUGAGCAAACUCAAUUGGAAGAAGGCUGCUGAAGAGGCUCUUCUGAGAGCAGGAGUCCAGAUCAAAGAAGAAAAGGAGAUGGUUGGGAUGGAAAAUACAGAGUCCCAGGUCAGUGGCUAUGCAUCCAAAUGUGAGAGUGCUGAGGAGGGCCACAUGUUUCAGGAUGUGCACAAUCUAGACCAGAACAAAACCACCACCACUACAGUGGGAAGUGUUCUGUCAAUAACACAGCUGGUUGUACGACGUGGUCUUGCACUGCUGCUCAUGGUCGCCAUCCUCAUCGCUGGAAUCAUCAUUAGCAACUUCUUCACCAGGCUGCUGAAAUGAGUCAUCCAAUGAUUUAAAACAGACAGUCCGACUAAUGGAAUGACAGCAUGAAGGUACAUUUAACAAUAUUUUCAUGUUAACACUGAAUCAGCUCUCAUUGAAAGAGUGCCAUGGGCCACCAAACCUCUCGUAUAUAACAGGACAGCCACUCUUUGGGAGAGAUUUGAAUUAAACAAGCCGUUAAGGAGAAUUAGCGGACCAAACUUCUUGAAACAAGUAGAUGAGUUACAGUCUGGACAGCAACAUACACCUCAGCCUUCUAUGGUACAGAGGGUAGAAACUGUUUAAUGCAACUUUACAAGAAUUUCUUGAGGCAUGUCAUGUUUGAAUCACCAGACUGAGCACUAAAAGAAGUGCUGCAUUAUGUUUUAUGUGACAUAGUUGAACAUGCUGAGUUACAUAGCUCAGAUAGUGUUAAAACUGGAAAUGUUUUGAUUUCAGAGUAAAAUUCUGACAAGUCCACACACUAUGCUUUGGGUUCAAGUUCAAAUGAAGACAUUUAAAUGUGAAUGCACAUAUAUGUAAGGUACAGGAAAAUAGUGUGCUGCUCAUUUUAUCAUCUAUGGCAUGUUGUUUAAAGACCAAAACAUACAAAUACUGACUUUUGUAUGGUUCUUUUUAAGAAAGUGUUACUUAAUGUAUCCUUUUCAGUUUUAAUGGAUGGAUGUAGAUAUUUCUGAAUCAGUAUGUAGUAAGUUAAACUUUCUUUUUAUGUCUUUGUCAAUAUUGGUGACAAAAGGAACGAAAAUUUUUUUUAUUGCCAAAUACAGUAAUCAAAGCGAAACUCUGCAAUACCAAGGAAGUAAUACAAGCAAUACACUUAGCAAUUUCUAUUGUGAGUAGUAUUUUCAUCAUUGUCAUUCAGUAUAAAUAAAUUGUUGAGGACUUCUA